AUGUCUGAUGUUUUCCCUGGAAAUUUCGCCGCGGCUGAGAUUGGCAUCUUCUGGGACCUUGAAGAUUGCAAGAUUGGUAACGUAAGUGCUAGUGAGACAUUACAAAACAUUAAAUUGACAAUUUCAAGAGCUGGUCACCAUGGUACUGUCUCAAUCAGAGCAUACGGUGAUAUGUCCGGUCUUGAAUUUCCUUCCGAUGGAAUCAAGCUUAAUCAUUUUCCCGCAGGAGAGAGAUACGCGAGACACACGAAGAUCUUGGAGGACAUAGUUUCGUGGUCUGGUGAACAUCCUGAGCCUUCGAAUCUGAUGUUAAUCAUGAAAGACAACAUUUCAGAUGACCUCAUCGAGAUUGUUGAACUUUUGAAAUCAAGGAAAAAAUACAUGUUUCACUUGGUUAAAGCAGAUCUCCAUUAUUCUCUAAAAGAAAUAGCCGCCUCACAAUCUAAUUCUCUCUCUCGGUCUCUCAGGCUAAAGACGAUGGUGGUUAUGUUGUGUAACGGCAAAACGACCGUUUGUUGGGGCUUCGAGAAUUGUUGGAACUCAACAGGUUUUGACAAUUCUCCAAGUCCCACCAAACGGCAGUUUUCACUGUUACUUAUCCCGGUUCAGCCAUAUAACCUCUCACUCCGGUCAAAGAAAGCGGCUGAGACAGGUGUCUUCUGGGACAUUGAAGAUUGCGAGAUCCCUGAUGACCUCAGUGCUGGUUAUGUUUUGGAGAAAAUCAGAUCGAACCUUUCGAGCUCAGGUCAUCACGGUACUGUCUCUAUCAGGGCGUAUGGUGAUAUGACGGGUCAUCAAUUUCCCUCUGAAGGAAUCAAGCUCAAUCAUUUCCCGGCAGGAGAGAGAUACGCCAGACAUACCAAGAUGUUGGAGGAUAUUGUUUCUUGGGCAGCUGAACAUCCUGAACCGUCAACUUUGAUGCUAAUCAUGGGUGAUGACGCUUCAGAUGAUUUUAUCGAUGUAGUUAAACUGUUGAAAUCAAGGAAAAACUACCGGCUUCUCUUUGCACACGCCUGA